AUGCAAUGGCAAGAAGAGGAGGAUGGAAAGAAGUAACCAAAGAUGAAGCGUUUGAGAAGGCAAACUUCAUCUGGAAACCUACCAAUUUUAAUUACAGACUAGUAGUAAAUCAUCUUGAAAACAUUCGAGGAAUCUGCACUAAAACUGGGCUCGUUUGACACUGGUUAUAGUGUAUUUGACUCCACUCCAACUUCAUUCGUUGUAUCCUCUCAGCUUGAUACUUAUGAAUAUCAUUAGUUUGUUCAGCGAUAUAAUGACUUAUCAAAAUGCGAAGGAUAAUAAUGCAUAAAAGAAAGAACUCCUUAAAAGCAUUGCACAGAAAACUAUUGGCUGAUCAAACCUGCAAAUCUUAACUAGGGUAGAGGUAUCGAAAUAUUCAAUAGUCUCUAAGAGAUUUAAAAAUUCCUAAGCUCAAGAACAAUCUAUUCAUACUGGGUCAUUCAGAAAUACAUAGAAAAACCCUUGCUGUUUAAGGGAAGGAAAUUCGAUAUCAGAGUCUGGGCAGUUGCUACUCAUAAAAAUGAAUUUUACUUCUAUAAGAAUGGAUACCUGCGCACAAGUUCAGAUUCCUAUUCACUAGAUAACGAGAAUAACUUUGUCCAUCUGACUAAUAAUUGUCUUCAAAAAUUCGGAGAUAACUAUGGAAAACAUGAAGAUGGAAAUACAAUUGGCUUUGAGGCGUUUCAAGAAUAUUUGGACGAAGAAUUCCCACAGUAUAAGCUGAAUGUAGAGGAGCAUUUCUUACAAAGGAUAAAGGAUUUGAUGCUGGAUGUAUAUUUGUCAGUUAGAAAAACUAUAAAUCCCCAUAAUAGGAAAAACAGCUUUGAAUUUUUUGGAUUUGACUUCCUUAUUGAUGAAGAUUUUAGAGUCUGGCUUAUUGAAGUCAACACUAAUCCAUAUUUAGGUGUGCCUAAUGAUUAUAUUAAGGUUCUACUUCCAAAUAUGAUAUAUGACUUGCUCAACAUUGUUCUAGAUCCGGUAUUCAAGCCAAGUGACCCUGAUAUUAAGGCAACAAAUAAAUUUGAACUCCUCUAUGGUCGUAACCAAAAAGUAAACUUAAGAAGGAAGAUUGAUGAGGGUCUUUAUCCAAUAAAAGAACUUGCUUAAGAAAGAACACAGCGUAAAAAAAAGCCAAAGCUUAUAUUUAGAAAGAAAAGCCCUAAUCGCGUGAGUUUGAUAAAUUUGAAAGAGCAUUAAUUAUAAAACUUGGAUGAACCAAGUGAACAAAUAAAGUAUAUUAGAUCCUCUAGGGCUUAUUUAAGCACUGUUUAAGAUGAACCCCAAAACCGAAAAACUUUUAUAAAAGAUAUCAAAAUAAUAAGUCCUUAAGUCCACAAGAAUAAGACAGUGUUUGGCGCACUAUCUCCCAAGCUAAACAAUUACAACUAAAAUGCUAAAGGUUUAAGAAACUAACAGCAAGUGAAUAAAUCCUCAAAAAAUCUCCUGAAUAUCAGCUUGAAGCAUUAAACGGUAGUUGAUCAAUAGUCUGACUAGGAUGAAAAGAUUUACGAGGAUUAGGAGUAUCAGACUAAUAGAUAACCUCAAAAGACAAUCCUUGAGGCUGUUGAGAAAGAUGUAAUAGGCAUCAUAAAUAGGAUCGUAGGAACAUUCCAAAACUGGGAGUUAUUCAGUGACAAGCAGUUAAAAGAUGCAGGUUCAGCCUUGUAGACUUUAGCUUAAAAUUACCAUUUCUCAUGUUUCUCAGAUGAAGAUGUACUUAAUAAAUUAAUGAAACUACUUGCUUCAAGUAGCAUUCCUGUUCAAACUAAAAUCUCAAUUGUAAUAUUCCUAUAUUUGAUGAACCAUUAAUUAGACUCAAAGUAUCUUGUAGAUGCUGAAAAAUAUUUAGUUCAAGAAAUUUUUAGUCUAGGUGUUCUUUCCAGCUUCUCAAAAUCUUAAAAGCAUUGUAGACAUUGCUUUAGAGAGCGAGAAACUAAGGAUAAUGAAAAAUUGAGAUAAAGGGCAAUAGAUAUAGGAGUCCUUUCAUUAUUAGCAUAUCUGUAUAUUAGGUCGCACAAUGAGGAACUUCAAUAGCUCAUCAAUAAGCUUGCUAUAUCAUAAUUAGACGACUCUGACUUUUAAUAUUACUUCUCUAAACCCAGACUUAUCCAGUAGUGUGACUAUAAUAUUGAUAUUUAAUACAAUGGAGUAAUAGAAGAAUUUAUGAAAGAUCAGUGUAAUCAAAUGCAAACACAAAGGAAUCAGCAGAUGUUAGAAGAAAAUACCAAGAGAUAGAUGUUUUAGCAGGAAUAACAAAAAAAGAAAGAACAAUAAGAGAAGGAUGCUGAAGAAAAAAGAAGAAAAGCAGAGGAAUCCUUUCAAAAAAGAAUGGACGAGAAGAGGAAAAUGCAAUUAGAAUAGAUGCGAAAAGAGAUGACUGAAAGAGAGAAAUUCUUAAGAGAUGAAGAGGAAAGAAAGUAGCAAAUGGUAGACCAUCUUCGCAAAAAAGAGGAAGCCCGUAAACAAAAGCAAAUGGAAUAACUGAAAAAGAAGUACGAGGAAGAGUCAAAGAAGACUGAGGAAAUGGAGAAAAAGCGUAUUGAAAAGGAGGAGGAAAGAAAGAGGGCUAUAUAAGAGUGGCAUUUGAAUAAGCUCAAGCAGAGUUAAGAUCAAAGACUCACAGUCAACAAUCUCAUGAGAAAAGGCAUGCUCAACACCUAGAGAAGGCUAGACUAAAUCAGGCUGGAAAAUAGUAAGAUUAUAAGUCUGGAUUAAUCAACAAUUGAAUCCUCCAAUCUAAUGUCAAUCGACAGAAUGAAUGAAUUAGAAUUGCCAUAAUCUCUCAUUGAAAAUAAAAGAUUUGCAAACAUUAGCAAAAUGUCAAUGACCGGAACUAUAACUCCACAAAGGAAUUUACAAAUCAAAGUUCCUGAAAGAGACAAUACUUCUGCCAAUAAAGUUUAGAACAUAAAAAAUAAUUCCUCAUCAAUAAUGGUUGAGAUGAAUGAUGACCCACUUAUCGAUAAGCUCAAAGCAUCAAGUUCUGUAAAAGAUUUCAAGUCAAAGAAAGCUUCUCAUUCUAUAAAUGUCACCUUCAAUAAACAAAUUGGCUCUGGUAAACCUCUAUAAAUUCUACCCUCACUUGGAGCUGCAUAUUCCAAUGAAGCAAGUGUCAUGAAUGAUCAUGAUAUAAGAUUAUUCAAUAUUUAUGGUCAUCCAAAGACCUAAAAAGGCAUCCUUAAUAAUAAAAGAGCAUCUAGAUAUAAAAAUAGUCCAACUAUCAAACCACAGAUUGACAAAAAGAAUGAAUUUAUCAAGUAGUUAUUGUAGCAAUAGUAGCUUGCAAAUAGGCAGAUAGACUUACAUAUGAUUUAGCUAGACAAUCAUUAUCACUUUAACAUCCAGGAUUAGAGUUUUCUUAAUAGUACAUCAUCAAUAGAUAAUAGAAGAUCCUAAAACAUAGUAAAUAUCAAUAUGAAUGCUCCACAUGAUUGA